CUGUCCGUGGAGAGCGAGGGGAGGAGUGAACCCAGCAGCAUUUUACAGGGCGUAUGAGGAAGUUUUUAUAGACGGAGGGAAAACAAAAGAACAGGGUCUUCACUGCAGCCGAACCAACCUCAAAAUGCCUGGAAAGAAAGUCUGCAUCGUUGGAUCUGGAAACUGGGGCUCCUCCAUUGCCAAAAUCAUCGGCCACAAUGUCAAAGCAUCCAACCGCUUCGACCCCAUGGUGAACAUGUGGGUGUAUGAGGAAAUGAUCGACGGGAGGAAGCUCACAGAGAUCAUCAAUACGGAGCAUGAAAAUGUCAAAUAUCUGCCAGGUCACAAGCUGCCCAGGAAUGUGGUCGCUGUCCCAGACAUCACAGACGCCGUCAAAGGAGCAAAGAUCCUCGUCUUUGUGAUCCCACACCAGUUCAUUGGCAAACUCUGCGAUCAGAUGAAGCCUCACAUCACAGAGGGAACCAUUGGGAUAUCACUCAUCAAAGGUGUUGAUGCAGGACCAGAUGGACUGAAGCUCAUCUCAGACAUCAUCCGGGAGAAACUAGAGAUCGAGGUCAGCGUCCUGAUGGGGGCCAACAUCGCGAACGAGGUGGCAGAUGAGAAGUUCUGCGAAACCACCAUUGGGGCAAAAAGUGAGGCAAAUGGCCAGAUCUUCAAAGAGCUGCUUCAGACUCCCAACUUUCGCAUCACUGUCGUACAAGAGAGUGAUACAGUGGAGCUGUGUGGAGCCUUAAAGAAUAUUGUGGCAGUAGGAGCUGGGUUCUGCGACGGCCUCGGCUUUGGCGACAACACCAAAGCAGCGGUGAUCAGGCUGGGUCUGAUGGAAAUGGUCGCCUUCGCCAAGCUGUUCUGCAAAGGUGAAGUGAGCUCCUCCACAUUCCUGGAAAGCUGUGGCGUGGCCGACCUCAUCACCACCUGCUACGGAGGCCGAAACCGCAAAGUUGCUGAGGCCUUUGUCAGAACGUCCAAGUCCAUCGCUGAACUGGAGGCAGAAAUGCUCAACGGCCAGAAGCUGCAGGGUCCACAGACUUCAGCUGAGGUCUACAAGAUCCUACAGAAGAAUGACAUGAUCAACAAGUUUCCUUUGUUUGCAGCAGUCUACCAGAUCUGCUUUGAGGGAAAAGAGGUGAAAGAGUUCAUCACCUGUCUGCAGAACCAUCCAGAGCACAUGUAACGCGACCAGUCUGCAGACACGUUCGCUGCUGCUGCUCCUUCACUAACAACCUACCAUCACUAGAGGGUGAAAGAGGUUCAUGAGACAGAAACGCACAACACAAGAAGGCAAAUACAACCAAUGGCACUUUUUAUUUGAGAUUAUUUUUGCCUGGUGACAUUUAAUAAUGGAGCCUCUAUUUUCUUAGCUUCAAAAGCAAUUCAUUUUAUUGAAUUAGCUCUUAUUUUGCAAGUCCUGUAAUAUUCAUUUGGCUCUUGUGCAGGGAAGUUAAAGAUAUCAAUGAAAUGAUACUAAAUAAGCUGUAAAAAUAAUUUUUCAUCAGUGGCAGGUAUAAAACUCUAUCUAAGGCAGACCACGCCACUUGCAUUCUUGCAGUAAUUGCCAUAAAAUGUCAUGAUUUCUUUAUGGUGGCACAUAAACACAAUACUGUUUGUCUGACUUUCAUUUCACUACAUGAUAGUGUUUACAAUCUCACAAUGAAAACUAAAGAUCUUCUUUUUUAUCUUUAUGUGGAGUUGAUUUCUCAAUAAAAUCAAUUCCUAAGA